AGGGCGGGGCGCGACGUCGGCCGUGCGGGGUCCCGGCAUCGGUUGCGCGCGCGCUCCCUCCUCUCGGAGAGAGGGCUGUGGUAAAAGCCGUCCGGAAAAUGGCCGCCGCCGCCACCGCCGCCGCCGCCACCGCGCCUAGCGGAGGAGGAGGAGGAGGAGGCGAGGAGGAGAGACUGGAGGAAAAGUCGGAAGACCAGGAUCUUCAGAGCCUCAAAGACAAACCCCUGAAGUUUAAGAAGGUGAAGAAAGACAAGAAGGAAGACAAAGAGGGCAAACAUGAGCCACUACAGCCUUCAGCCCAUCAUUCUGCAGAGCCAGCAGAAGCAGGCAAAGCAGAGACAUCAGAAAGCUCAAGCUCUGCCCCAGCAGUGCCAGAAGCCUCUGCUUCCCCGAAACAGCGACGUUCCAUCAUUCGUGACCGGGGACCCAUGUAUGAUGACCCCACCUUGCCUGAAGGUUGGACAAGAAAACUUAAGCAAAGGAAGUCUGGCCGCUCUGCUGGAAAAUAUGAUGUAUAUUUGAUCAAUCCCCAGGGAAAAGCCUUUCGCUCGAAAGUGGAAUUGAUUGCAUACUUUGAAAAGGUAGGCGACACCUCCUUGGACCCUAAUGAUUUUGACUUCACGGUAACUGGGAGAGGGAGCCCCUCCAGGAGAGAGCAGAAACCACCUAAGAAGCCUAAAUCUCCGAAAACUCCAGGAACUGGCAGGGGUCGGGGACGCCCCAAAGGGAGUGGCUCUGGGAGACCAAAGGCAACAGCAUCAGAAGGUGUUCAGAUGAAAAGGGUCCUAGAGAAGAGCCCUGGGAAACUUCUUGUCAAGAUGCCUUUCCAAGCACCACCUGGGGGUAAGGGUGAGGGAGGUGGGGCUACCACGUCUGCCCAGGUCAUGGUGAUCAAACGCCCUGGCAGAAAGCGAAAAGCUGAAGCUGACCCCCAGGCCAUCCCUAAGAAACGGGGCAGGAAGCCUGGAAGUGUGGUGGCAGCUGCUGCUGCUGAGGCCAAAAAGAAAGCCGUGAAGGAAUCUUCCAUACGGACUGUGCAUGAGACUGUGCUCCCAAUCAAGAAGCGCAAGACCCGGGAGACAGUCAGCAUUGAGGUGAAGGAAGUAGUGAAGCCCCUGCUGGUGUCCACCCUUGGUGAGAAGAGUGGGAAGGGACUGAAGACCUGCAAGAGCCCUGGGCGAAAGAGCAAGGAGAGCAGCCCCAAGGGGCGCAGCAGCAGUGCCUCCUCACCACCUAAGAAGGAGCAUCAUCAUCACCACCAUCAUUCAGAGUCCCCAAAGGCCCCCAUGCCACUGCUCCCACCCCCACCUGAGCCUGAGCCUGAGAGCUCAGAGGACCCCAUCAGCACCCCUGAGCCGCAGGACUUGAGCAGCAGCAUCUGCAAAGAGGAAAUGUCCCGAGGAGGCUCCCUGGAGAGUGAUGGCUGCCCCAAGGAGCCAGCUAAGACUCAGCCCAUGGUUGCAACCACCACCACAGUUGCAGAAAAGUACAAACACCGAGGGGAGGGAGAGCGCAAAGACAUUGUUUCAUCCUCCAUGCCAAGGCCAAACAGAGAGGAGCCUGUGGACAGCCGGACGCCCGUGACCGAGAGAGUUAGCUGACUUUACACAGAGUGGAUUGCAAAGCAAACCAACAAGAAUAAAGGCAGCUGUUGUCUCUUCUCCUUAUGGGUAGGGCUCUGACAAAGCUUCCCGAUUAACUGAAAUAAAAAAUAUUUUUUUUUCUUUCAGUAAACUUAGAGUUUCGUGGCUUCGGGGUGGGAGUAGUUGGAGCAUUGGGAUGUUUUUCUUAUCGACAAGCACAGUCAGGUUGAAGACCUAACCAGGGCCAGAAGUAGCUUUGCACUUUUCUAAACUAGGCUCCUUCAACAAGGCUUGCUGCAGAUACUACUGACCAGACAAGCUGUUGACCGGGCACUCCCCACAACAACCCCCCAUGUGCUCAUUAGAGAGAGCAAUUGAGAGGACACUCCCAUUUUUGGUGCCAUUGGUGCCCUGUCCAUAGCUUCCCUGACUCUUUCACCACCUUAACUCCCAAUCUGAGGAACUGGGAGGUGUGAGGCAGGAGAAACCAUUAGAUUCUUUAGAGAAGACUAUGAAGGUGGCCAGUGAUUGUGGCCCAAUAAUUCCAACUGUUGUGGCACAUUCUGGCUCCACACCAACCCAAUCCAAAACUGACAAAAGAUUUUUUGCAAAACAGGAAAGUGGCACCUGUCUGAUCCAGCCCUGGUAUGGCCAGGAGCAAGUCCUAAAUUGCUGGAUUAUAUAGACUGGCCUGAGCCAGAAAAGAGGAUGGCCCAGAGUGAAGUAUCAUCAUCUGCUCACACGUUCCCCUAGAGGAUAAUGCUAAAAAGGUGCCGUAGAGGCAGCAGGACAAGGUACAGGCAGGCUAGGUGAAUCAAGCCAGGCCUAGUGCCACAAAACAAGAGAGCAGUCUGUGACUUGUAGUUAGGGACUUAGUGAAUGAGACAAGGGGUGUAGGGGAAGAAAGGAAAAUAUUCUUUCAAUUACUUUCCACUUCUCCUUUAGGAACAGCUUAGAAUUAUUUGCACUAUUGAGUCUUCAUGUUCCCACUUCAAAACAAACAGAUGCUCCGAAAGCAAACUGGCUUGAAAUGGUGACAGUUUGUCCCACAAGCUACCAGACGUGGCAGUGUUCAGAACUACCUGGAUCUGUAUAUACCUGCGCUUGUUUUAAAGUGGGCUCAGCACAUAGGGUUGCCACGAAGCUCCGAAACUCUAAGUGUUUGCUGCAAUUUUAUAAGGACUUCCUGAUUGCUUUCUCUUUCGUCCUUCCAUUUCAUGCUUUCAUUUCUUCCCCAUCCUCCUUCCCCUAGCUCCUAGUUGUCUCUUCUGUUCUAGGCAACUGCAGUGCCCAACCACAUGCUUAUCUGACAGCAUUCAACCGCAGCCCUAGGAUUCUCCCUGCCCUUUGACUUCCCAUUGCCAAUGCCAGCUAUCAUGUUUAACCCUGAGCAAGUGCUGGGCUUUGCUGAGUCCUCCCUUGCCUCUGUGAAGAACAAGAAGGUAGUAAGCUCUUGCUCUCCUAGGUAGCUCCCUCUUCUUUGCUAAGAAAAAAAUCAAAAGGCUUUUCAGAUGCUAAACAAUGAGCCUUUUCACCUUCUACUGUAGAAAAGUGGGAUAGAGAAACUGGGUCACAUUUGGUAGCUGAAGGACAUAUAGGGGCCCCCUGUGGCCUCCUAGAAUCACUGAGUGACCCAAAGGGGCCUGUGCGCACUACCCUUGACCCCACUCAGAAAUCUGAUGUCAAGCAUAGUGUGGGCAGGGGACCUGUCAAGACAAAUGCAGACCUGAGCAGAGAGUGACAGCAGGGCCCCUGGCCCUUCUUCAGAUGCACACAUCAAGUCUUUUUCUAGUAGAACUCUUUCCCAUUUGCUCAAUGGGGACUAGGCGACGCCAGCACAUCCCAUGUUUCAACCUCUGCUCUAUUAAAUGUAGUGGAUUUUAGAGGCUUGGUUUUGCUGUGGGGUUUUAAUUGGUCAGUUUUCAUUUGGAAUCCCAAAGUUUUAACCUCUGUUCAGGAAGUCCUUAUCUAGCUGCAUAUCUUCAUCAUAUUGGUAUAUCCUUUUCUGUGUUUACAGAGAUGUCUCAUAUCUAAAUCUGUCCGACUGAGAAGUACCUUAUCAAAGUAGCAAAUGAGACAGCAGUCUUAUGCUUCCAGAAACACCCACAGGCACGUCCUAUGUGAGCUGCUGCCAUGAACUGUCAAGUGUGUGUUGUCUUGUGUACUUUUGUUACUGUUCCCCAGCUUUCUUACUGCGGUGUAAUCAUGGAAGAGUGAAACAUCAUAGAAAUUGUCUAGCACUUCCUUGCCAGUCUUUAGUGAUCAGGAACCAUAGUUGACAGUUCCAAUUGAUAGUUUAAGAUAAAAUCAUGUUUGUCUCUUCUGGAAUGGUUAGAACUAAGUGAGAGAUUUUGCCCCAUUCUGUUUGCAGAAUCAUAGUUGGACUUUCUAGCGUAUUUGUAUCCAUUUCCUUGUGCUAUAAAAAGCAAACCCUGUAACCAGCUUCCUGUUGGGCAGUCCUUUUGCCUGCUCUGCUUUUGAUUCUGUCAGCCUUGUCUCUGAUUUCUCUCUGGGGAGGGAAGAAGGGUCAGAAAAGGGACUCUGGAGGGUCCAGAAUGUGUCCUUCUGAACUCCCCUUCCUCCAAUGACAAAAGGCCCCUGCUGCCCCCACCCCACCCCCUGCAGUGGCCUUGCAUUCCUCAAGGACACCUUUCCAUACCCUUACAGCACCUAGCCAGGUUGACACCAAGUUGUUUAUUGUGGUCCACUUGGGGUUUUGCCUGUUAUACUUACUUAGUCCAAUGAGAUGUACCCCUUAGGUUAGGGUUCCCUCAUCCUUUGGAAGACAACCUAGGCUAUUAGACAUUCACAGUUGGGACUGCAGAACUUCAGGUGCCAUUUUCUUUAAUUUGGGGCCCCUCUGCAGCCCCCUCACUCCCCCCCUCCACUUACCCUCACAAAGAGCUGGCUCCAAAACUGCAGGUGGUGUUGCCUGUAGCUCCUUAGGGUUAUCUUCACUUCUUGCAUUUUUCCCCAUUCCCUCAUCCACAUAUAAGGGCAUCAUGAUUCAGUCUCCUUUAAGCAGGCAGCUUUGAUGGGGUUUUCCCCUGGUAGCCAGGGACUCUGUAUAGCUCUCAGGCUGCCUCUGCCUUGUGGGGUUGACAGGAGAUUAGAAGGAAGAGCCUUAAGUCAUGGGAUUCUCACCAGCUAUGUCUGGCUCAGACCUGGAGUGUGACCUUGGUUUUCUUGUAUUUGAACAUUGUAAAGAUUGGAUGGUGUCUUUCACAGAGUUAUGUGAAGAAUACAGGAACUGACCAACAGCUUUCAGAUACCUGGGGCUAGGUCAUUAAGGUCACAUCCAGUCUUUCCUACCCUCUUCUAGUUGUUAGUUACUACCUCUCCCAGAUAGAUUGCUGUAUAUCCUCCAACUAUGAUCAUCUUGGCCCAGUUUCCCCCAUUCUUGAGUCUGUCUUAACCAGUGGAACUGCUGCCCUUGACAGUGCAGUGAGUUGAGGACUCUUGGUCACAGCCAGGCCCAAGUACAGCUCCCUUCUGCUGGUGCUGUAUUUCCAUAUCAAAAGGCACAGGGGAGGUCUAGAAAUACCACCACCCCAGUCCACCAGUGCCAAACUAGCCUAGCCUAUGAUCCCAGCAUGGGUAUAGUCAACUCUGUUCAGUGCUAUCACAACAGACUAGAGGCUAUGAACAUUGGAAGUGGAAAACAGAGCAGCCCAAAUUGCUGCUGUUUUUUGUUUGUUUGUUUGUUUGUUUCACUCAGCUUGCUGUUGCUAUGACAGUGAUAAAACAGGGCAGUAACCAGAAACAGACUGCGAGGUUUGGCAGAGAAAGUUUCCUAAGCUGACAGACCUCUGGAUUUUAAAUAAGUUGUAAUAAGUGGCUCAAGGCUGCCCAGGAAAAAGCAAAAGGGUUGGAAUUGACCAGAUGAGACCAGCCAGAUUUCAUGGAGCCCAGCUACCUGAGCUCUGCACCACUUCUCUAACUAGACUCCUUCUAGAGCAUUCUGGCCAGGCUCUCCAAGCUGAGGAGACAUCACAGGUGCCAGUUCUUCAGGAAGACCUUUGUGCAUCGGUUCAUAACCUAUAUAUUUGCCCCAGAUUGUGUGCUGAUUCAGGUUCACACUACAGAGUCUAGGAUGAAUGACUAAGACUCAGAAAAAGCAGUUGCUAGAGCCCUUUAGACCAUGGCAUAGCAAUGUCCCAAGGUAAAGGGGCCUAGGGCAAAUGCAGCAGGGCUCUAUGCCUGGGCCAAGCCCUCUGCUCCAUCCACAUCCUCUUCUGGCUCUUCUCUAUGCUUCAGUGAACCAGCCUCACUCUGAAGAGAUUUGUUGAUUCUCUCCAUUUUUAUGUCUUUCUCUUUUAGGUACUAUAUCAAUCUUUAGAAAAGGCUUAGUCUAAUUGUUAAAAAUUGCUAGGAUACUGCCUCCUCCAGGGUCUGAGAUUAUAUGCUAAAGGGGGAAAAUUGAACACUGAAACCAGUUCUGAAGAAUUUGGAAGGAAAACCUUGAAAACAUUUGGCAAAAAAUUACAUUUUGAUGCUUAUGAAUAAGAGGAGGCUUUUGAAAAAAUGUUGAUGUAAAAAUACUUAGUUCUUGGCCCGAGAUGUCUGGUGAGUGAUCUGGGCAAAGGGAAGUCCAGGCUGAAGCCUUCUGCAUGUGAGGAGAUGGAACCAAGAGCUUCUUGAUAUUUGAGGCUUUUUUCCCAUUGGAAAGCCAAUCACUUUUUGGGUAGCUGACCCAACGACACCCCUUCUGACCUUGCCAUUUGGUGGUAUGGCGGUUAGAUGCCAAAGCUGCAAGAGAAGCUCUUGGUGCAUCACAUGGAACACUCAUCAGUGACCCAGAAGGCCCUGGACAAAAUGUCUGCUCUCUUAUCUUUACUGAGCCUGCCCAACACUACUGCACAACUAGGGACGGUCUGCUGCCUACAGAGCAUCCCUCCAUGGGACCUUCUGUCCCUUGCCUACCCCACCCUCAGGAUCUUGGCACAGAUUAAAUGGCAGUGUGGUAAGCACUUUGGCAUGCCCUCCUAAACUUACCCCAGAGUCUCUCUCUGCCUCCUUAAGCCAGCCUGCCUACCCUCUGUGGAAGCAUGAGAGAACAUAUAAUGGAGAGGGAAAACAUACACAGGCAGGCAGAUAACAGAAAGGCUCUGGGAGGAAGGAGGCCUCUCAUAGAAACUAAGUGCUAUCUUUGAGUUUAAGAAAUUUAGACAAUUUCCAAAUGACCUUUGCUCUUGCUUUCCCCUCUCACCUUUUAUCAGGCCCUGAUUAGCACUGAGAGCAAAUGUGGUGAAAAGGCAAAGAGGUUUGGCUCUGAUAGUCCUUCUCCCUGCAGUGUUUGUGUGUCAAGUGGCAAAGCUGUUCUUCCUGGUGACUCUGAUUAUAUCCAGUAACUUAUAGAUUAUAUGCACAGGUCUGCUUUGUCUCUUCUAUUCUGGGCUUCUGAUUUGCUUUUCAGUUUUGCUUUUAGUUUUCCUAUUUUUAUUUUAUACACCAACUAGACACACAAAGCAGUUGAAUUUAUAUAUAUAUAUAUGUACAUAUAUAUAUAUAUGUAUAUAUAUCUGUAUAUUGCACAAUUAUAAACUCAUUUUGCUUGUGGCACCACACAAAAAAGACCUUUUAAAAUUAUACCUGUUGCUUAAUUACAAUAUUUCUGAUAACCAUAGAGUAGAACAAGGGAAAAUUAAAAAAAAAAAAAAGAAAAAAAAGAAGAAAAAAAAAAAGACAUCUGCUGGUCACUUCUUCAGUCCAAGCAGAUCUGUGAUCUUUUCCUCGCUUCUUUCAAAGGCUUCCUUGUGCUAAGUGAAGGAAGCCCCAGGCUGCACCCAGGUUUUGUGCUUUGUUUCUCCUCUGCUGUGAUAAGGGCCCCAAGAUUCUGGGUGCAAGAUAGUUUAUUUCAGCAUGGGGUGGGGAGACAAGAGCACUCCCUUUACAUACUGAAGUUCAGAACUUAGUGGGCACAGCCCAGUUCCCACCUCCAGGGGUAGGGAGCUGUCAUGCAUAGGGGUGGCCCAACUUCCUCCACCCUUCCCUGGCCAGGGAGAGCCUUGUGCAGUAAGUCUGGCAGGCUUCCCCAAUUAGCAGGGCUCAAGAGCAUUUCAAAACCCUCCUCACUUUGCUGAGUUAAGGGGUUGGAGAGGAGAUAGGAGGCUUGACCUGUCUCCAAAUCUGUAAGCUAUACCAGGUAGAAUGCCAGAGACCCCAGAGUCACAUCCAACAAGUCCAAUGGGUCUCCUCCAGAAAGUAGUGAAGACUCCAGAAACAUCCCUUUCUCUUUUCCCUGCUCCCAUGAGUAACUGCAUUUGCUUUUGUAAUUCUUGAUGAGCAAUAUCUGCUAGAAAGUUUAGCUGUAACAGUUCUUUUGCAAAAUGAUCAUUCUUAAAUAAUUAAAAAUGUGUCCCCCCCAAAUAUCUAGAACCUUGUUUUUCCGAAGUAGAGAGCAUUAUAAUCACCAGGGCCAAAGUCUGUCCCAUAUCUACAUCCCAUCCCCUCAUCACUGCUUCUUCUGAGGCCACAAUACAGCACAUACAUUUGUAGGCCCUUUGGGUGGCUGGGCUACCCUUGGGGCUCUUGGAGGAUAGGCUGGGGAAGCCUCUGAGACCCUAUUCUGGGACCUUGCUCUAGAGAGCAAUCAGUAUUAGGAGAGUGUCACAACAUUAUUCCCCAGCCAGCAUGGGACGGAGGCAGAAGAGGCCAAAGGGUUGUCGCCACCUUGGCCACUGACAGGUAGGUGACCAUGUAUGUCCCUAUUUGUGCUUUAUAGCUGAUGUGAGAUCAGCACCCAAGUUAGCUUCACCUGGUGACCUCUAACCCUGCCUGGAUGGAGCAGGCCACCUGGUUCAAUGUUUCUGGGCAGCUGGACAGUGGAGUGCGAAAGGCUUGCAGAACUUGAAGCCUGCUCCUUACCUUGCUACCACGGCCUCCUUUUCCAUUUGAUUUGUCACUGCUUCAAUCAAUAACAGCCGCUCCAGAGUCAGUAGUUGAUGAAUAUAUGACCAAAUAUCACCAGGACUGUUACUCAAUGUGUGCCGAGCCCUUUCCUUGUGCUGGGCUCCCUGUGUACCUGGACACUGUAACGUGUGCUGUGUUUGCUCUCCUUCCUCUUCCUUCCUUGCCCUUUCCUCGUCUUUCUGGGGUUUUUCCGUUUGGGUUUGGUUUGGUUUUAUUCUUCCUUUUGUGUUCCAAACAUGAGGUUCUCUCUACUGGUCCUCUUUAACUGUGGUGUUGAGGCUUCUAUUUGUGUAAUAUUUGGUGGGUGAAAGGAACUUUGCUAAGUAAAUCUCUUCUGUGUUUGAACUGAAGUCUGUAUUGUAACUAUGUUUAAAGUAAUUGUUCCAGAGACAAAUGCUUCUGGACACUUUUUCAUUACAAACAAAGCAUUUGAAGGGAGGGGAGUGGUGAUUAAGACAAGAGGGGCAGUCUGGAAGAGAUGACCCCUGCUCAGAUCAACCAGAAGCCACCCAGAAGUUAAGCACUGGAUUCCCAUUCCAAGUCAAGAGACUGAAGCUGAUGUGUUGCCAUUUUCAAAGUCAGAGCAAAACCAGCUUUUCUACCCAGUGUAUUCUUUUGCUUUCCCUUCCCAGAUUAUUACUACUAUUGUUACUAGAAAGAAAGAAAAAAAAAGAAGAAGAAAGAAAGAAAGAAACGGUCAGUUCCUUCAAGGAGUGCCAGGAGGGGAGGGGAUGUGAGAUAAGAGAUUAGCUUACUGAGUAGGGAAAGGCUGGGCCUGAGCUUGCAGGUGGAUGCCCCACUGUGGACACAGGUUAGGGAGGAGACAGAAAAUGAAUUAGCUACUCCCUGCCUGAGAUAGCUCUUACUAGAUAAACCAAGGCCAUGGGUGUUACUUUCUCCAAGGCACAAUUCAAGGACAUGACCAGUCAGGACACUUGUGUCACACUCCAUGCUAUCCUCUAGUGCAUAGUACUAAUGUGAUAUCUCCCCACCAUGCCUGGGGAAUAAAAUGAUGGCAGAGAGUUCUAUCCUUUGAUGUCAUCUGAUUCCCAACAAAAUCUGGGCGUGAGCUACUACCUUCUCUUUCUAUGGCAAACAUCUUCAGUAAAGUGUUAUCCUCAUUACAGAUUGUUCCAGGCUCAUGUAAGAGGAACAGACCUUGGAGCCUCAUGUGAGGAAAGUGCUGCCUGUAGUGACCAGUUAGCCAAGUGGUAGCUGGAAGAACAAGACAGGGUGCAUGCCCCUCCUAGAUCCAUGUUGUGCUCCGCUCUGCCAGCCUGAAGGGCAAGAUCUGUAGGGCAGUGCAGGCAGUUGACGGGCUACCCUGUAUUUGGCACCAGCUCAAAAGCCCAUCUGAGGUUGGGAGCAGGCACACAGGACAGAAAGAGAUAUUCAUGACAGACAUAGCUGGAGGGGUCUUGAAAAGCCCUCUGUCGCAUUCACCUUCAGUUUUUGUGUUUUGGGACAAUUACUUUAGAAAAUAAGUAGGUCGUUUUAAAAACAAAAUAUUGAUUGCUUUUUUUGUAGUGUUCAAAACAAGGUUCUUUGUGUAUAGCCAAAUGACUGAAAGCACUGAUAUAUUUAAAAACAAAAGGCAAUUUAUUAAGGAAAUUUGUACCAUUUCAGUAAACCUGUCUGAAUGUACCUGUAUACGUUUCAAAAACACACCCCACUGAACCCCUGUAACCUAUUUAUUAUAUAAAGAGUUUGCCUUAUAAAUUUACAUAAAAAUGUCCGUUUGUGUCUUUUGUUGUAAAAUCAAGUGGUUUUUCAUAAGGUUCUUUUACUAUUUGAAAAGAUGGGCAGCACGCGGUUUCAUUUUAUUUUUGUAAGUUUUUUAAUACAUGUGAAAGCAAAGAAUACUCAGCAUGCCUUUCUAAGUGAUGCGUUUGCACCUUUUGUUGGGAAGUACUGUAUCCUGUGCUGUUAGCAUUCUCGAUAAAUCUCUCUGUGAAAGUGA